AUGAAAAACACUCAUGCUACUCUUGCUACGGCUGCAGCUAACCGUUUUUGCGUCUCGCUGAAGUGUGGAAACUGGAACGUCAUCGAUUCGAUGUCCUUGGAGCUAAAUGGAAAGACUAUUGUUUCUAUGGCUGACUAUAAGCUUUUCUGGAACAAUAUUCGUGCUCAGACUGGAUAUAGUCCUCAGUAUGUUGAGAAGCAUGGUGCUGAAUCUUUCCUGUAUCCGGAUGCUGCUCAAUCAACCAAGUACAGUGGUUCUUCCAAUCCCUCUCCCAAUGGAGACGGGUAUUCGAAUAAUAUGCCAAUUUCAACGACCUUUAACGCCGGGAUUAUCUCUGCUACGGCUUCAGUAGCAAAUGAUGGUUUUGCUAAACGCCUUCUUUCAAAUCCACCAAACGCUGGCGCUGACUCAUCUAAUACAUGGCCGUCUACGGGUGGCGCAUCUGCUACCACUACCAUUGCUAAUCAGCUUGGACGUGGUGCGUUCGUAGUAGGUGCUGGUACAGCUGGUGCUAUUAUGGGUACAUGGAAUUACAUGCUCAAAAUCAAACUCGUUGAUUUACAUCCGAUCUUCAAAGAGCUUGAUCUUAUGGCUAACCCUCAAAUCCGUCUUCAUUUCCGCGUUAAUCGGGGUACUGCUGCUAUUGAUAUUGAUAGUUCUACUAGAAUGACGUUAUCAAGUACUACUCUAUCAAGUGUUCCCGCUAUUACUCCGCUAAGGUAG